AUGGUGUACAAUCCCGUGGAUGCUGGGUUGAAUUGGGUCACUGACCGGUUUGGAAUCGAUGCGUUCACUCUACGGUUUGCGCUGUGCUUGUUGGGUUCGUACCCGUUGAACGCAGUGUUGAAGAGGCUGCCGGAGAAUCGGAGGUCGCUGAAGUGCUACUACAUCAUUGGCAUUUCGAUGCUGUACCUGUUCGGGGUCUUGAACCUUGCGUCCGGGUUCAGGACUCUGCUGAUCAGCGCCAUGUUCACUUACUGGAGUGCAAGGUUCUACCACUCGAGUUUCAUGCCGUACUUGAACUUCGUGUUUGUGAUGGGCCACUUGUCCUGGAACCAUAUCGGUGCGCAAUUCUUUGUGACACAGUCCCCUCGAGACGCAGCAAAUGCGAUCGAUAUCACCAGUGCGCAGAUGGUUCUAGCGAUGAAACUGACAUCUUUCGCAUGGUCCGUUCAUGACGGGAUGUAUUUGGGGAAGGCCGAUUUUGAACAGUUGACUGAGUAUCAGAAGUCUAGGGCCGUGAAGAGAUUCCCAAGUCUAUUGCAGUUCAUGGCCUACGUGUUCUUCUACCCUACUCUGUUGACGGGUCCAAGUUUCGAUUACUCGGACUUUGAUUCAUGGUUGAACUGUGAGAUGUUUAAGGACUUGCCAGAGUCCGAGAAGACAGACAGAAGGUACCAUCCAGGUAAGAAGAGGGCAAUCCCAAAGAACGGUCAUUUGGCCUUCUGGAAAGUCACCCAGGGGAUUUUCUGGAUCGUGUUUAGAGGUUACCUGUCCCGAUUCAUCAACGUCGAUUUCAUGCUCGACAAGGUUUGGUUCAUGUCGAAAUCGUUCGUGUACAGGAUACACUACAUGUUUCUCUUGGGGCUUGUGGCACGUAUGAAAUACUACGCGGCAUGGACGAUCGCAGAGGGAGCUUGUAUCCUUUGCGGGUUAGGUUACAAUGGCUACGACGCAAAGACCAAAAAGAUCAAGUGGAACCGUGUCCAGAAUAUUGACAUCUGGAACGUCGAAAUGGCUCAAAGCACAAGACAGUGUCUCGAGGCAUGGAACAUGAACACCAACAAGUGGCUAAAGUACUACGUUUACCUGCGUGUCACCAAGAAGGGGAAGAAACCAGGGUUCAGGUCCACUUUGUUCACUUUCACGACAAGUGCAUUCUGGCACGGUGUCAACCCUGGUUACUACUUGACUUUUGGCACUGGAGCUCUGUAUCAGACUUGUGGGAAAUUCUACAGACGUAACUUCAGACCCAUGUUUUUGAAAGCCGAUGGUAAGACCCCCACGAGGGCCAAGUGGAUCUACGAUUUGCUCGGUUCAUACGUCAUUAAGUUGUCCUUCGGGUAUUUGGUGCAGCCGUUCCUGGUGUUAGGGUUCAGGGACUCGAUCCAAGCUUGGAAAUCCGUCUACUUCUACGGCCACAUUAUAGUGGCCGUGUCCUUCUUCUUGUUCAGAGGACCCUGUGCGAAAAGUGUCGUUGCCUGGUGCAAAUCCAUGCAGCCAGCGGCUGUUGCGCAGAGUAAGCAAAGUAAAGUGGAGAGCGAUAUUGCCGUUAACGCUGGAUCGUUGGGUUCAGUGAUCAAGGAAAAGAUGGAGCACGAGAACAGGGGGGCCACCCCCAACAACGCAGAGGAUAAAAGUAUGACCUACGGUAUCCCAAGCAUCAAUUUCGACGAGCUGGAAAACGCCAAAGAGGACUGGAACGAGUUCUUGGGCGAGUACAACACCUGGAAGGAACGGAAAGGGUUUGAAGUCGAGGAGGCUAACUUACUACAAGCGUUCGAGGACUUCAAGACGGAGAUAAAGAACGUUGCGCAGGAUAACAAUGCGAGGAGAAUGAGCUUCAGUAGUUACUCCCCAAAGCCAAUAGAAUCUCACGAUAACGAUAAGAAGAAUGAGUAG